GCCGGGGCGUUGAACCGCGCGGCGGGGCCGGGAGCCAGGGAUCCGCCGGAGAGCGGCGGCCCGGGACGGCUGCCGGAGGGGCGGCCGUGCGUGGAUGCGGCGGGAGCCCGAAGCCUCGAGCAGCCGGCGCCGACUCUGCCCCCGGGCGCCCUAUGGCUUGAAGAGCCUCGCUGCCCAGUGGCUCCGCUGCCCCAAUGGAUCCACUGAAUCUGUCCUGGUACGAUGCCGACCUGGAGCGGCAGAACUGGAGCCGGCCCUUCAAUGGGUCGGAAGGCAAGGCGGACAGGCCCCACUACAACUACUACGCCAUGCUGCUCACCCUUCUCAUCUUUGUCAUCGUCUUCGGCAACGUGCUGGUGUGCAUGGCCGUGUCCCGCGAGAAGGCACUGCAGACCACCACCAACUACCUGAUCGUCAGCCUGGCGGUGGCUGAUCUGCUUGUCGCCACGCUGGUCAUGCCCUGGGUCGUCUACCUGGAGGUGGUGGGCGAGUGGAAAUUCAGCCGGAUCCACUGUGACAUCUUCGUCACUCUGGAUGUCAUGAUGUGCACAGCGAGCAUCCUGAACCUGUGUGCCAUCAGCAUUGACAGGUACACAGCUGUGGCCAUGCCCAUGCUGUACAACACACGCUACAGCUCCAAGCGCCGGGUCACCGUCAUGAUCGCCAUCGUGUGGGUCCUGUCGUUCACCAUCUCCUGCCCGCUGCUCUUUGGACUCAAUAAUACAGACCAGAAUGAGUGCAUCAUCGCCAACCCUGCCUUUGUGGUCUAUUCCUCCAUCGUGUCCUUCUACGUGCCCUUCAUUGUCACGCUGCUGGUCUACAUCAAGAUCUACGUCGUGCUCCGCAAGCGCCGCAAGCGGGUUAACACCAAGCGCAGCAGCCGAGCUUUCCGGACCACCCUGAGGGCCCCACUCAAGGGCAACUGUACUCACCCUGAGGACAUGAAACUCUGCACCGUUAUCAUGAAGUCUAAUGGGAGUUUCCCAGUGAACAGGCGGAGGAUGGAGGCUGCCCGCCGAGCCCAGGAGCUGGAGAUGGAGAUUGUCUCCAGCACCAGCCCACCCGAGAGGACCCGGUACAGCCCUAUCCCGCCCAGCCACCACCAGCUGACUCUCCCCGCCCAGUCCCACCAUGGCCUCCACAGCACUCCCGACAGCCCCGCCAAGCCAGAGAAGAAUGGGCACGCCAAAAACCACCCCAGGAUCGCCAAGUUCUUUGAGAUCCAGUCCAUGCCCAAUGGCCAAACCCGGACCUCGCUCAAGACCAUUAGCCGCAGGAAGCUCUCCCAGCAGAAGGAGAAGAAAGCCACUCAGAUGCUCGCCAUUGUUCUUGGCGUGUUCAUUGUCUGCUGGCUACCCUUCUUCAUCACGCAUAUCCUCAACAUACACUGUGACUGCAACAUCCCGCCAGUCCUGUACAGCGCCUUCACAUGGCUGGGCUACGUCAACAGCGCCGUGAACCCCAUCAUCUACACCACCUUCAACAUCGAGUUCCGCAAGGCCUUCAUGAAGAUUCUCCACUGCUGACUCUGCCGCCCGCUUGCGCAGCAGCCGCCUCCCACUCCAGGCCUGGGUUCUCCAGGCCUCGUUCCUGCGAGCCAUGGGCAGAAAGGCCCCAAGAGACUGGGCCCUGCAGUGUUACCUUGGCUCUGUGCCCCCUGCCCUCACACCCUCCCUCUGCCAGUGCGAGGCAGAGCUGGGCAAGGCACUAGCCCCGGGACUGGACCUAUGGCUCAGAGCAGCUCACAGGGUCUCCCUCCCACCUGCAGGCCCUCUCUCCUUGGCACCAAAGAUGCAGCCGCCCUCCUUGACCUUUCUCUAGGGUCUGGGGUCUCUGGAUUACUGGGGCCAGAAUCAAGGCUGAAAGGGCAAGCACACUUCCUUGGGAUUCCCCUGUUUUUCAUGGGCCUGUGCUGGGGUAGGAGGGAUGGUUCACACCCUACAAAGUUCGAACAGGGAAGGCCCUAGAAACUUCAGCCCUGGGAGAGCCAUGUAAGUACUAGGACCCCAGAGGUGCCCAAGUCAGGAAUCUCAGCUCCAUCCCCAGUCCCAAAGCAAGCCCUAUCUUCCACAGCUCUGGUCCUGACUCCCUGCACUCCGUUCCAGCUCCCCUACAGUUUCGACACCCUUGGAGGGAAGAGCCCUAAUCUCCAAGGGCCCCAGGAGGAUCUGUGGAGAGGGAAACACCGGCUCCGCUCACCACCUCAGCCUCCUCCCAUCUGUGAGCCUGUGCUGGCCAGCCUGGGAAGUCAAGUAUUGGACCCACAUCUGGGCUGAGUUGGGGUGUUUGAGGUUCUUUGAGAGUUUACCUCCUGCCACACUCUGACAUAAAAUCUCUCCAUUUCUGUUCCUUCUGGCUUCUUCUCUCUCCCCUGUUCUUUCUCUUCCCAUGCCUCUGCCUUAGAAGAGCCCAUGGCUAAGGACUGCUGAGUGCCCAUUGGCCUGGCUGGGCCCCGCUCUGAGGGAGGAGGGGAAGCUGCAGCUUGGAGGGGCCCCCAGGCUCCAGACUC